AUGGCGCCCCAAGAUACCUUCAUCGAGGAGGAGGAAGAUACCUGCCCGCUAUGCAUAGAAGAGUUCGACCUGUCAGAUCGGAAUUUCCGACCAUGCCCCUGUGGCUACCAGGUGUGCCAGUUCUGCUUUAACAACAUCAAGAACAACAUGAACGGCCUGUGUCCCGCGUGCCGCAGACCUUACGACGAGAAGACGAUAGAGUGGAAAGUCGUCACUCAAGAAGAGGUCGCCCAGUUCAGAGCCAACAUCCAGAAGAACCAGAAGAAGCGAGCUCAGGAACAAAGGCAAAAGGAGGCUCAGAAGCGCGAGGCUGAGAAGGAGAACCGCAAGAACCUCGUCGGCGUCCGGGUCGUUCAGAAGAAUCUGGUUUACGUGACCGGCCUGACACCUACAGUUCGAGAGGACGAGCUGCUCAAGACGCUCCGCAAGCCGGAGUUCUUCGGUCAGUACGGCAACAUCCAGAAAAUUUCGAUUAGCAAUCGGAAGAGUCAAGACGGCCAAAACCAGUCACUCGGCAUCUAUGUGACGUUCGAGAAGAAGGAGGAUGCGCAACGGUGCAUCCAGGCUGUCAACGGCUCGCAGAACGGCGACCGCGUCCUCAGAGCCCAGCUCGGUACGACUAAGUACUGCUCGGCAUGGCUGCGUCACGAGCAGUGCACCAACAGGCAGUGCAUGUUCUUACAUGAGCUCGGUGACGAAGAGGACAGCUACACUCGCCAGGACCUGUCAUCGAUGAACAGUAUCAGCUCGCAGACGCAGCAAGCACGGCCAGUGGCGGGUGGAUCAUCAACCAGCGGUGGAAACAGCGCUGCCGGUCCUUCGCGGUCUGCAUCUCGACAACAGAAUACCCCUUCAGCACCCCCAGCGUCGCAACCCAUGGUACGCACUUCGAGCAAGGAGGACUCCGAGAACGGUGGCGAUGGCUCGGCGCUCCCGUCGUCGGCCAACUGGGCCAGAAACCCUCAACGCAGUCGGAGAGGAAGCCACGCCACGAGUGGCGCUGCCUCAAGCCCCGCAAUUUCGACAUCGCUCCCCGCAACCGCUGAGGCCGUCCCCGAGGCCGUCGAAUCGCCGCCGAGAAGAGAGACCCCCGUGUCCACGGAUAGCAAGGCAUCCAAGCCGGCCAGUGGCGGCAGGAGCGUGUUCGGCCUGACCGAGACCACCUUGAAGGACAUCCUGAGGAUCAUGAAUGGAUGCCCGUUCAGCUACCGCGUGCCUGACACGAAUCAGAUUGAGACGAUUUACCCACCCAUGUUCGACAUCCGUGGCGGCGAGAAGAGAAGAGCGAUGCGUGAGGAGGAGGAGUCGCGUCUCGGCGUUGAGGAGCAGCAGAGCGAGGCUCAAGAGCCCUCCGAGGGAGAGCCCGAAACCGGUGGUAGUCUCGCCCUUGGCGGUGAGCCCGAGGACCGCGAUGCUGCCAGAGAUUCAGGCUUCGAGCAGCGAAGACCCGGCACGCAGCCCCCCAUUCAGCGGACCAACACCGACGGCCUCUUUGGCCCCGCGCUCGGCUCGGCCUUCGGUCAGGCCUCGGUGACUUCUGGCUCCGUCGCCGGCAGCCGUUCGAUGACUCCCCAGCAGCAGUUGUUCAUCCGCUCUCAGGGCACAUUCGGUGAUCACUUGCCUCCCGGCAUCCCGACCGCUCAGCCUGCGGUUCAGCAACAGGGUGGCAACGGCCACAACAGACAGGGAUCGAGGUUCAGCUUUGCUAACGACAGCGCGGGCACCUCCGCUUCGGUCAAGGUAGCCGCCAACCCUCGCAUCAUGGCACAGCAGACCGCCAUGAUGCCUUCGACCUUCCAGUCGCAGCCCGGCAGCCAGUAUUACGCUUCGUCCAUGCCGGGUCCGCCUCCGGGUCUCAAGUCGACGGGCACGCCACCAAGCAUGUUUGGACAGGGUCACUCUUUCGGGGGCAGCUUUCCGUCAAAGGAUUCCGCCGAGCUUCUUCAGACGUUGAUUCGGGGUCGUGGAGCCAAUGGACAGGGCCAUGAUGCUGGUAAGCGUGAGUACAUGUUAUCUUCUUUUUCUAAUCAGUACCCAUCCUCUACCUCCUCCACCCCAGCUCCUGCUUCGAAUCUCCUGGCGUCGCUCUACGGUACCCAGCCCGGAGCAUUCCAAGACUUCGGUCCCAAGCAGAAGAAGAAGGGGAAGAAGCACAGACAUGCUAACACUUCCUCCUCUGGGGGAGGUGGCUUAGUUGAUCUUGCGGACCCGAGUAUCCUGCAAGCGAGAAUGCAGCACCAGUCGCAGAGCAACGCCGGAGUCGGACAGGGACUGUUCGGUGGUCAGAGCCAAGGUGGGUACAACCCGAACAUGAUGUACAACACGCGUUUCCCGGGUGCCGGCUGGGCCGCUCAGGGGAGUGGCAAGGGCUGCAUUUGGCGUCGUCUCGCGUUUCUUCUGGGCAAGGACCGACACUACAAUCGUCCCGACAUUAUACCUCUUUUCUUUUGGACCCGCAUGUCAUGGUUUAUGGGAUCACAUGACGAGCAGCUCUCGAUCGAAGAGACGGUCUUCUCAGUCGACGCCCUGGUCUCCGAUGACCCUCUCCCGGCCUAUGGUGGAGCGUCGAUCACCGCUACCCCGACACCUCCGCCUGGUCUUGGACCUCAGCGCACAGCAUCGCCGGCUAUUAAGCAAGCACCAGUCCCGGUCGUUCCGUUGACGCCGAAUGUACCCACGGGUCCGAAGGCGACGCCGACGAUGGCCAACAUCAUCCGGACGGCUACACCCGACAUCACGCCCCGCAAGAAGGCCCCAGGAUCGGAGGCCAAGAAGAACAUCAAGGCACUUGCCGUCGAAAGUGGUCUGUCCAAGGACAUCGUGGCCCAGGCAUCUCCGUCCAAGGGUAAGUCCGUCUUGCAGGAGGAGGACUUUCCGGCGCUCGCUGCGAGGGUCACCGCACAACGGCCUAGCACUCCGGCCAAGUCUGUCGCCUCGACUCCCAAGAUUGCGCCGGCGAGCAUCAAGAAGGCUCAGGCGGAACCUCCUGCUCCGGCUACCGAGCCCCCCAAGCCGACUCCCAAGCCAGUCGAGAAGAAGCCUGUUCCGGGCGUUUUGAACAUUGCCGCAGCCACCAAGGCUGCCCAGACGAAGCCCGUGGAGUCCGCGAAGUCCGCAACGGCCGAGCAUUCGGAUUCGUCUGCCUUCCCGGCUCUGCCAACGCCCACUACCGCCGUUGCAUCGCCGGUAGCCAGAGCUGCCCCCAAGACGUUGCGAGUCGUCCCAACCCCCAAGGUGGAGAUGCCUCCCGCUUUGGCGUCUGGCGCUUUCUCCGCCGCCGCCAGAGCUGUUUCGUCUGCAUCUGGUCGCCCCGGAACCCCUGCGAGCGAGAUCAUCAGCGACAGCGCGUCCAUCGUAUCUGCGUCCGUCUCUGCAUCUCGCACAAGCUCGCCUCCUCCCACCAGGGUCGGCACCGCUCCUGUGCGUUCAACAACUAAAAGCCAACAGCGCAAACAACGCAAGGAGGCUCAUAAGGAGCAGUCAGCCGUCGUUGCCGAGACAGUGAAGCAAGCCGAGCCCGAAGAGCAGGCCCCUAUCAUGGGCCGCAAGAAGAAGCAGAAGAAGGAGAAGCCGGUCAGCACAACCACCACAGCGGUGAAGAAGGCAGCGGAGCGUGUCGUCACACCCCCCGAGCCUCCGAAGAAGGAAGAGCCUCCUGCUCCGAAGCCUUUCGUUGAGAGAACGGUGGUGGAAGACUUGCCUACUCCCAAGGGCAGGUCGGCCAAGGCGGCUAAGAACGCUGCAAAGUCCGCCGCUCUCGAGGAUCUAUUCAAAGCCAGGGAGGCUACAGCAGUCUCGCCGCCCAACCCCCCCGCCUCGAGUGCGGUCGCCACAGCUGAGGAGUCUCAAGACAUUGCCGAAAACCCCAUGAGCCUGCCCGAAAUGGUCUUUCAGGACCUCGUCAACUCCGGCUUGGCCCUCCCUGCCGAACUCCUCACUCUGCUCAAGACCUUUCCCGAGCAGAACACUCGCCCCGACCGCUCGAUGGCCGCUGCGCAAGGAAACAACCCGCCCCCGUCUACUACGACCAAGGGCAUCGUCAAUGAUGCUGACCAUGCCGUUCUCCUGUCUGGAGAGCCGGUUCGCAAGGUGAUUGAGGGUCAGCGUGUGCUCAUCACCCCCAACGGCGAUUGCCUUCGCAACUUGACCGAGGAAGAGGAGAACAAGUACCUUGAGCUGCAAAAGGUUGUCGCCGAGGCCAGUGAGCAGCCCGACAGCUUCGUCGCUCCCCGCCACCAGGCCCGCCCGGGUGGCUUCUCUCUCAUCAAGGGUCGUGCCGUGCCCAACGGUCCUCCUUCUUACUUUCCCCCGUCCCCCAACGCUCAGAAGAUGUUCUCUGACGACCCCGUGAACAAGAUUCAGCGUGAGGAGGCCAUCAGCUACAUCAACCAAUAUGUCCUCCCUCGUCUGAACCUGGGCAACACGAACCUCUUCCCGGGCAGCUGGAAGUCGGCGCCCGGCGCGAAGGACGCCCUCUCCGCUCGUGAGACCGCCGCCGCUAGCCUUAACUCUCUGGCUCCGUACAUCUAUGGGCAUGACGCUGCCGCGGGUGCUGGCAUCUACUCCGCUGAGAGCGGCGGUUCUGGCAAAGACAUCCCUGAGGACGAGACGCCGUUUGGAGGCCUCGACUCGCCGCAGCACAACGAAGCUGCCGUUAAUGCUUCUGCGUCUGCUGCGUCUGCCGCUGCUGCUGCCGCCGCCCAGGCUCAUGCUCAGCACAGCGCGCACCCCAGACUCCCUGGCACGCCGCUCAACAGCAUGACUCUCAUGAGCGUGGAUGAUGCUGAGGCCGCCCUUGCUCUCGCGCGUAAGGAGACCGAGAAGCUGGAGAAGAACCUCAACCAGGCCAUCAAGCGCAACCGCAGACUGCUGCUCGGCGGCAGAUGA